GUAUUACCUUUUACAAUUGUUCUGUGAUUCGAAUAAAAAGAAGGAAAUGAAUAAAAAGAAGAAAAAUAAUGAAGCUAUACAAGUAUUUGUUCGCUGUAGACCACUUCUGGAAAAUGAGAAAAGUCUGCCAAUGCCAGUUGAAGUUCAUCCUGAAGUUAACAAAAUCUUUGUCAAAGAUAUUUUAUCGGGUGCAGUGAGAACGUUCACAUUUGACAAAGUUUUUGCUUCUGAUGCAGGACAAGAUCAAGUGUAUAAGGAAGUUGCAGCGCCUGUUAUUCAAGAUGUCCUAAUGGGUUUUAAUUGUACUAUAUUUGCGUAUGGACAAACAGGAACAGGCAAGACUUUUACUAUGGAAGGAGAAAGAAGUCCAGAUUUGGAAAGUGGAGCCGAAAAUGAUCCCUUACCAGGCAUAAUUCCCAGAGCUAUGAGGCAUAUAUUCAAUAAACUCGAAGAGCAGAAAAAUUUUGAUAUCGCUGUCAGUUUCCUUGAACUUUAUAAUGAAGAUAUUUUUGAUUUACUUUCAAGUACCGACGACUUAAAUAAGUUGAAGUUGUUUGAUACUACACAUAAAGGUUCCGUUGUGCAAGGCCUGACAGUACGAAACGUGACUUCUAUGGACGAUAUAUACUCAAUAUUGGAUAAGGGCUGCAAAAAGCGCAGAAAAGCGGCAACGCUGUUAAAUAAAAUGUCAAGUAGAAGUCAUACUAUCUUCACGGUCACAGUGAAAACAAAAGAAUGCUACAGUACAAUAGAAAGAACCAAAAUAGGAAAAUUGAAUCUAGUCGAUUUGGCAGGUAGUGAAAACAUUGGACGUUCUGGAGCUAUUGAGAAAAGAGCAAGAGAAGCAGGAAAUAUUAAUCAAAGCUUGUUAGCUCUAGGCAGAGUGAUAACAUCUCUCAGUGAGAAUGCGCAACAUAUUCCUUACAGAGAAAGCAAAUUAACCCGUUUAUUGAAGGAUUCUUUGGGCGGCACAACUAAGACAGCAAUUAUUGCUACGAUUUCUCCUUCAGUAGCCAACACCGAAGAGACAUUAAAUACUUUAGAAUAUACUCUUCGAGCCAAAAACAUCAUGAUAAAGCCUGCGAUAAGUGCUCAAGUAUUGUUGAAGAAUCUGAACAAGGAAUACCUUGAUAAAAUACGCCGUUUGAAAAGUGAAAUUCAAGUACUGAGUUCUACCACUCCUUUCAUGGUGAAUCCAAAAAAUUUAGAAAGACUACAGCGGCAACUAGCUGAAAAGCGAAAUGCAAACUACGCAGAGAUGGCAGCCAUUGAAGAAAUGUACAAGGAAGCCGAAUCAUUAGAUAAAGCGAUAAUUGAAGCUGAAGCUACGUUGUACGAAGAAAAUACGAAGUUAGAAGAAGAAAAAAAACUGCAAGAAGAAUUGACGACUUUAGUGCAGAAAGAAUCAGACUCGCUUAGGUUUUCAGAAAAAGUGCAUGCUGUCUUGCAAUUAGUUUCCAGCAAUUUACAUGAAAGGUACCAUAAAGAAAUAAAGAUGAAGAUGAGUGUAGAAGCGGAGCUUGGAAAGGUCAAGGAAAAGGAGUCUGAAGCAAUGAAUGAACAUAAGCAACUAAUUGACAAGUUACAGAACAUUCGUCGUAUUCAGAACAAUACUACUCGUGGUCUUCGGAACUUUACAGAUAAUUUCCUAAAGCGUGUGGAUGCAGCACACAGUAAUGUGAUUUCCUUGACAAAUGAAUGCCAGAAUUGGAUAGCUUCACUUCAAGCCGGACUUGACUGUGUUUCCUGCACAUGCGAUAAGGAAUUCGAAGAACUUUCUGCCGUCAUUGCAAAUCUUCAGAAAGCUAGAGAAACAUUUCAUGCAGAAUUAAUUUCAAUUUUUAAUGAAGAAAAGUUGAAGAAAGAAUCAGCUCUAUCGGAUUUUAAAAAAGCUUAUUCUGAAGUGAUUAGUAUUUGCAACUUUGAACCUAUAAAUCAAAUAUUGACUGCCUGCGAAAAGCAAAUACAGACUAUAUCUGCAUCAAUAAAAGAGUGCUGGAGUGAACUUACGUUGAAGGUGGAAGACCGUGUAAAAAUGGUAAAUCGUUUUUGUGAAGAUCAAGAAUUGUCUUUAAGCUCUCUUUCUGAAACUCUCUGUCAUAUGAUAGAAAAGCAGAAACUAUCCUUAGAAAUAUAUGAGGGAAUAAUAUUAGAGGCAGUGACUCAAGAUACCGAAAUUAAAAAGAAAUGGGAGAAUCAGAUGAAUAUAGCAGAAAAUGCUUUAUCAGAACUGAUGUUUGUUUUUGAAGAGUGCUGCGCUAAAGAGCUGGAAACAAGUAAUAGGGCACAAGCUGCGUUUGAAGAGCUCGCAGAUGUUGCCAAAGAUGUUUCGGAUAAAUUAGUAUCAUACUCUGAUAAUUCAAUUAAUACCACGGAUGUCCUCCAAGAAGAAAUAUCUUUGCCGGUAUCAGAUUCAUCAUUUGAGAAUGUACAAAGCAUGAGAGAAAAUAUAAAUGAUGUGAUCGCAAAGUACAACCGUUUGGCACCUGAAUUUAGCAAAUGCGGGGACUUGCAGAAUAUAGAUGAAUUCUGCAAAGAAAUGGAGAAAAAACUUUUAGAUAGUGAAAAUGAAGCACAUGAGCAAUUAGAAGUAACUGCAUGCAUUAAGGAUUUUACGGAUUCUCUUGCAAAAAAUAAAGAAUUUUGCGAAUCUCUCUCGAAGGAAUAUGAGCAGAAGCGGCAGACUUUCGAAAGUGAAGAAAAAGCUUUGCAGGAAGAAUUAAAAAAUUCGUCCAAGUGCUUGGUUGAAGCACUAUCAGUGGGGAUCUCUGAACACAUUUCUCACAUUGAAAAUGAUGAAACUUCAAAAUAUUUACAUGCAUGUGCUCCAACUUCAGAAAGUAUAGAAGCUCAAAGUGAUUCAGAUCAGACGUCAGAAGAUAAGAAAAAUAGUGAAAUUAAAACACCUCUACUCUUGAAAUCAGCUGUCGAGUUUAAAGAAAGUUUAGCUGACACUGGCGAAAAUAAAUGCUCAUUUUGUUCUGAGAAAUUCGGGGAGCAGUUGACUCAGACAGAUUCAAUAAGUUCUGAGUGUAUACCGAAUGUUAACAGUGAAAAAUCUCAUUCUGGAAAAAGUAAACCCCGACGCUCUGUAUUAGCUCCAACCAGAGAAUCUUCCACACUAUCCAAAUCUCCGGUUGUUACAAAGCAAAACAAAGCUACUUCGAAGAAGAAAAUAUUAAUGUCUGCUGUUCAGCAAUUGUGCUUUGAAAUGAUGAAUGAG